AGAGGCGGGGUCUAGUACGUGCCACCUCCUCUCAUUGAGUCACAGGCGCGUUGCGAGCUCUGUUGGAGGAGUGAUUGUUACAAACAGAAGCCCGGAGAGCGAGCUGGGCGGGCGCUCUGAUUCGAGCGUUGGGACAAAGUAAAAGAACCUCCGGCGGCUGAACGUUCCAAAGAAAGAUACAUUCCAGGGUCGGAGCAGCGGCAACAACACGCAGCCCGGGGAAACUUUCCCACAGUCGGAGGCAGCGGAUCCUGCAGCCCUUGUUGAGCGAGGGCGAAGAGGAGGAGGAAGGGGGGAUAAACUGGGGACCGAGAAGAUGAAUCGGAGUUUUAAUAAAUCUCAGACUCUGCGGUUUUUCGAUUGCAGCGCGGUGGAAGUGAAGAGUAAGUUUGGGGCAGAAUUCCGAAGAUUCUCUCUGGAUCGUUACAAGCCAGGAAAGUUUGAAGACUUCUACAAGCUCAUUCUUCACAUCCACCACAUAUCCAGCAUGGAGGUGAUGAUUGGAUAUGCUGAUGUUCAUGGGGACCUUCUUCCUAUUAAUAAUGAUGAUAACUUCUUUAAGGCUGUUUCGAGUGCAAACCCGCUGCUCAGGGUUUUUAUACAAAGACAAGCUCCAGGAUCCAAGGGAGUGUUUGUUAUGAGAGGAACGCUGCUUUAUUUAAAAGAUGAAGUGGACUAUAGUAACUUUGGGGCCAACACACUAACCAGGAAAAAGAAGGCUCUGGUGACCCUCCGCAACGACAACCUUCGCAGGCGUCCCCACAUUAAUAUCAGCAUGCCUCAGGAUUUUAGACCAGUGUCUUCCAUCAUUGAUGUGGACAUUCUUCCUGAAACGCACAGAAGAGUGAGGCUCUAUCGACACGGGUAUGAGAAACCAUUAGGAUUUUACAUCCGCGAUGGGACCAGUAUGAGAGUAACUCCUCAUGGACUGGAAAGAGUACCUGGUAUUUUCAUCUCUCGUAUGGUUCCUGGCGGCUUAGCAGAGAGCACAGGAUUGCUGGCUGUUAAUGAUGAGGUCCUGGAAGUUAAUGGCAUUGAAGUGGCUGGGAAAACCCUUGACCAAGUAACGGACAUGAUGAUCGCCAACAGCCACAAUCUUAUUAUCACUGUCAAGCCAGCAAACCAAAGGAACAAUUAUAGCCGAAGCAGUAGGAUGUCUGGCAGCUCAGGCCAGUCUACAGAUAGCACAGCUAGUCACCACAGCUUGCCUUCCUCACACGUGCUGCAAAACUUCCAUCCUGAUGAGAUGGAAAGUGAUGAGGAAGCUGACAUUGUCAUUGAGGGUGGUUUGGACCCACAGCACAUUCCCAAACUGCACAGCUUCCCCUCUAGUAGCCUCUCCCGAAUCAAUGGCAGCAGUCUUAGCCACAGACUUCAGAGAGACCUGGCUCUCAACAGUAACUCUGGCCGAGAAAGCAACGGCAACAUCCACAAAAUACUAAGCUCCUUAAAAACUGAUCCCCGACAUAGUUUGGUUAUCCCCAGAGGAGGCAUUGAAGAGGAUGGAACCGUGAUUACACUUUAGUGGCGGUUCCUGUACUGAGUGUUUUCAGUCUUAAGUGCCAAUUGGAACAAAUUGGACUCUUGCAACCCCUGACGCACAGAACAAGAGAACCUACAUUCGUAUAGACCCCAUGGGUGUGAAAAAUGUUACUUUCUAGGAAACAUGGUUUUGGGGAUUAGAUGUAAAACUGUUACUUCAAAUUCUGAAAAAUAGUAUAAAUAUAUAGUUUAUGUCCCAGUUUUAAAAUGAGAGAGCAAAUGGAAGCACCAAAUCUAAAAUUACUUUCAGUUGACACAAACUUCAGAAAAAAUCCCAUGAGCUAGGAAAUGGCAGCGGUGCUCUUUUGGGUUUGCGUGGAUUUUUGGGAAUAGUAACAGACAUGUCAGUUUGGGGUCUUUUUUUUUAAAUUGGUCAGAGAAAAACAGUUUUCUCUUAAAAUAUUAAAAGUUCAUGACAAUUGAUCAGUCCUCCUAUUAUUACAUACUGGUCUUCCAUUAACUUGUUUACACAGAUUAUUUGCCAUGUUAUGUCUAACCUGGACAAGCUCUAUAUAAAGUAGCAGUUUCCCACUCUGGUGGUAGCAAUGUUGGGGAAACGCUGCAUUUACACUUUCCAAACAAAACUUUGACCAAAUGAGAUGAGAUGUGUGUAUAUGUGUAAUUUUUUUUUAAAGUCUUAAGUAAGAGGCAUAGAGGAGGAUGUUGAUACCAUCAUUCCUUUUAGAUCAGCACCACCUGCUGGUCAGUGGCAGUACUGUCUGAGUUAUAACAUUUUUGUAUAUUAGGUUACUGUAUGUGAAAAGGAAAAUAGAUUUACCUAGAGGAGUUUAAACUGACUCCAGCACCAUCACAUGAAAAGUGCAUUUUUUUUUAAAUAUUUAUUAGACAAGAACAUUGCCAAUUUUAGUGACUGUUGUUUUCAUUGUCUCCAUCUCUUGGUAACAUGAGUAGUAUGAAUUUAGAGAACACAAGCCAGAAGGGCAACAAAAAAUAUGAAUGACUUAAAUACGUAUUAGCACCACGUCUUAGACUACAUCACUGAUGGAAAGAGCUUUUUGCUGUGUUUUAGAGGCAAUUUGAAACCACAAAGACUUUAGCUACAAAAGGCUGGCUGUCUAUAGUACACUAUUUGAAGGAUACUGGCUGACUUCCUAGCCUAUCUCUGAACAGUUUGCUCAAUAUUUCAGACACUGAUGCAUCAGAGAGGGAUCUGCCAUGUUGUUUAGGGAUUUAAGAGCUACUAACUUGGGAGUCAAUACCUGGACCCAUUACCCAAUGGAAGCAAUUUUGCUCCGAAUUCUGUUUCUCAUCUCCAGAAAAUGCCACAAAUUGUUAAAAUGGUCUAAUCUAAAAUAUUUUGUAAUAUCUUCAACAGUUUAAGGAACAAAUAUAAUUGUCUUACAAUGUAUUUUUCUACUUUUAGCUGUGUCAUUUUCUUUUUUUUUUUAACCUUGUAGUAUUGUGUAUUAAAGCUUUUCUGAUUUUUUUUUUAA